AUGCCCACCCCCGUUCAAUGCCAACCUACGAAACUGUCUGAGAGCAAGUUCUCACCCUCUCCUCCACCCCCAACCGUGAACACGCCAUGCACCAUGGGAGGCGGUGAAGGCCUUCACUGCGGUGCCACCAGCACCCGCAAGCCUCCCCCCCCCCCUUUUCUGUAUGCGUGUGCUGGCGCAGUGUGCCACUGCAUCGGUGCAAUCGUGGCCAGCACACCCGCGCCGAAAGGGCAAUUGCUGUUGUGCAGCAAUUUCCGAGGAGACGGUGGCCGCAAUGAUGGCGCAGUGGUCAAGUAUCCUGUUGCUGCUAAUGCCGCUGAUGGUGGUGACGAUACAGAUGAGACCUGUUGCACUGUAUCACUCGGCGUGGUGCAAUGUCUUGUAGCAAUAAUAAUAGGUGGGUGUAAGGAGGACAACGGAAGUGAAAGUGUGAGGUGUAGACUGCGGAAUGGAAGCAUGCACACCGACCAGCUCAAAUGA